AUGGCAAGCGGGCGUCAGAUCCUUGCACUGAAUACUGGGGAUCGCAUCGUCGACCGCAACGGCCUGUAUGCACUUACCACAGAAUAUACCUUCGAGAUUGAGCAUCGGCUCACCCUGGAGAAGAUCAAGGCCGACCACCUGCGCGUUCGCUAUCCUGAUCCGCUAAGCAAGAUGGCCAGAGAAGUGGGAAUCCUCAAAGUUCAGGACGACGACAAGCACAAGAUCGAGGCCGCUUUACCCCGGGUAAAUCUCCACUACUACGGAGCCAACGGGCAUUCGCGAGAAUUUGAUAUGGAGAGGGAGGCCACGCGUGUCUUCCAAAUAAACAGCCUGAUACAGCAGAGAUCAGGCAUCCGCGUGUACAAGGAGGGUCCCACGACGGGCAAAACCUUCGAUAUUUUUACGAACAUACACUCCAGCAUGGAAGAUGCGUAG